UCGAAGGUAUGCAUGUUACGAUCUCGGAACUUUGAGUAGAUCCAGAUACAUUUGACACAUCUUUGACAUCGCUGGUGCAACGUUGCUAUGUACAUGUUAUGUCUAUGUAUUGAUAUUUAAAACUGUACGAACUGCAUCGCUGAUUUCAAAGAGCUACAGUUUCAAGUUUGUUUUGAAACACCAACUAGCAAAAUGGAGAUAGUUUACGUCUACACAAAGAAGCGGAAUGAAUUUGGUCGACAGUGUAACUUUGCUGAUAGACAAGCAGAGUUACAUGUUGACAUCAUUCCUGAUCCAUCACUAACCUCAAACUUUGUGGAGAGGAAUCCAGUAGAUAAUGGACUUCAGUGUGUUCAGGAAAUGUCAGAACAUGAGGUGAAUACCGAGAGAUUUGAGACCAGUUCCCGUGGUAUAAACCAUGUUGAAGGUGGCUGGCCAAAGGAUGUCAAUGCCAGUGAGGUGGAACAGGUGACCAGAUACAGGAAGAAAGUAGAGAAAGAUGAGAUGUACAUUUCAACCAUUCAGCAGCUGGGCAGUGUGAUGGAGCACUGCAUCAAACAGAACAAUGCUAUUGACAUCUAUGAGGAAUACUUUGAAGACGUUGACGUGGAUCAGGUGGAUGAAACACCAUCAGCCAAAACUAUUAAUGUUUUCAGAGAUCCCAAUGAGGUUAAACGCACAGCCACACACAUCUCCUGGUUCCCUGAUGGGCCCCGGAAACUGGCAGUAGCAUACUGUAAUCUGACAUUCCAAGGGUCGUCUCCAGAUACAAGCAUGGACUCUUACAUCUGGGACGUUGAGAACCCAAACAAACCCGAGAUGACCCUAAAACCGGUCUCCCCGCUGGUGUGCCUGGAGUACAACCCUAAGGAUUCCCAUGUGUUGCUGGGGGGAUGCUACAAUGGACAAAUUGCGUACUGGGACACAAGAAAGGGAUCACAACCAGUGGAGAUGACGCCUAUUGAGCAGAGUCACCGUGACCCUGCCUACAAGGCCAUCUGGAUCCAGUCAAAGACAGGCACAGAAUGUUUCUCUGCAUCCACUGACGGCCAGGUACUGUGGUGGGACAUCCGGAAGCUGGGGGAACCCACAGAGAAACUCUUCCUGGACAAGAAGCAGGACCUGACCAAAGCACAGGGAGCUUACUGUCUGGAGUAUGAACCAACAAUGCCGACCAAGUUCAUGGUUGGUACAGAGCAGGGAUCAGUGAUUGCUUGCAACAGGAAGGCGAAGACACCCGGAGAGAAGAUUGUAGCCAGCUACUCCGGCCAUAUUGGCCCAGUUUACUCUCUACAGAGAAACCCUCACUUUCCUAAAAACUUCCUCAGUGUCGGAGACUGGUGUGCCAGGUUGUGGUCUGAGGACAUCAGGGAUUCUUCCAUCAUGUGGUCAAAGCAGUACGCAUCCCACCUCACAGACGGAUGCUGGAGUCCCAUCAGACCAGCAGUGUACUUCAUCACAAAGAUGGAUGGUACACUCGACGUCUGGGACAUCAUCUUCAAGCAGAAUGACCCCACCCUCAGUCUGCAAGUAUGUGACGUCCCCCUGCACAGUCUGCGGGUACAGGAGGCGGGCAGGCUGGUGGCGUGCGGCUCGGAGGAUGGUACGACCACAUUGCUGGAGCUGUCCGAGGGGCUGUACACGAUGCAGAGGAAUGAGAAGAACCUUGUCACAGCGAUGUUUGAGCGGGAGACGCGGCGAGAGAAGAUCCUGGAGGGCCGACACAGGGAGAUGAAGCUGAAGGAACGCACCAAGAGUCAGCAGGAAAAGGACAAGGAGGAAGAGAAGGAGGUUGAAGCUCCCAUGGAAGAAGAAGACCUGGUGGAGAAGGCUGAGAAGGAGUUCUUCAGCAUCAUCGAACAGGAGAAGAAAAAGCAGACAGCACCAGCUCAAGACUUCGAAAAGGGAGACACUGGCAAGACAUCACCAAUCCAGGAGGAGGGAGAGGAGGAGAAAACCAAUGGCAACCCAGAGUCCACCAAGAAAGACUGAGCAUGUAUCAUCAGGACUUGAUUCAGGAGCAUCUGUGACAGCAUCACUUCAACAACAGCAUGUGUGAUUACGUGACAACAAUUUCUUAUAUUGUUUAAAGGUGUGACAAAACAUAUUUUCUUCAUCUGAUGUCCAUCCAUCCGUCCAUACUUUAAUAGCAGCAUCACUGACUUGGCAUCCAUACCGUAGUGUCUCACUGCUGACGAGAUGUGGGCUGUCUUGUAGAUGCUAGGUGCUGUGGGAACAACAUAUACACGUUCAUCAUGCAACAAAACCCUGGACAGCUAGCAUCAAACAACAAUCAGAUGGUGUUGUUUACUGUUGAAGACAUUUGUUUAUUAUUUGAUGUAAAUAUGUUUUCAUGUUUCCUAUCUGUGAUUGAGUGUCUGGAGGGAGCAUGAGAGAAUGAGUCAUUAUAUAAGCAACUUGGUAUUAUCAUUUGUCCCAAAGUUUAUAUUGUUUAUUUGUAUAUACAACCUUUAUAUGUAAAAUCUCAAAUUGUUACUAAACAUUGAAAAUAAAAAUUGUGAUAUUGGA